AUGAGAACACUUUGCGACGUGUGUGAGAACGCAGCUGCGAUCCUUUUCUGCGCAGCUGAUGAGGCUGCUCUUUGCCGUUCUUGUGACGAAAAGGUCCAUAAGUGUAACAAGCUUGCAAGUAGACAUGUACGGGUUGGGCUUGCUGACCCUAGUGCCGUUCCUCGUUGUGACAUAUGCGAAAAUGCACCUGCUUUCUUUUACUGUGAGGUCGAUGGAAGUAACCUUUGUCUGCAAUGUGAUAUGAUCGUUCAUGUUGGAGGUAAAAGAACACAUGGAAGAUAUCUCCUGUUGAGGCAAAGAGUUGAGUUCCCAGGGGAUAAAUCUAGUCAUUUGGAUGAGCUAGGAAUGCAACCUGUCGAUCCAGGUGCAGCGAGGAAGGAACCAAAUCAGCCGUUUAAGCUUACCACAAGAGAGGACCCUGUUCCAGUGCUAGACAAUAACACUGAUGGUGGUAGCAACAUGGACAGUAAAUUGAUUGAUCUUAAUGCAAGGCCUCAAAGGAUCCAUGGGGAAGCUUCAAAUAAUCAGGAACAGGGAAUGGAUUUUCUAAGUGGUAGUAACCACAAAUCUGCAAGUGUGGUUCCGGGUGGAUUCUUCAGAAGAGAGGCUGAGAGAUGA